AUGAGAAUCUUGGAAGGAAAGAAACGAAGUUUCUUCACCCAUCUCACCUGGCACGAGUUUUUUGCAGCAGUGCAUCUAAUAUUGUUCAUUGCACAAGAAGAAUUCCGAAGAUGUAUGGACACUUUUAAAGAUCCCCAUUGGGUUGUAGUCACCAGAUUUUUAUUUGGUAUUUGUAACUCCACUUCAUAUGAAGACCUGAAAGUGAUUUUCCCAUCUUGGAUGAUUAAAGAUUACAAAGAGAAGAAGAAUAUUCUUAAGUCUUUAAUUACACUUGAAGAUCGAGAUGAUAUAAGUGAAGAUGUGAUCAGAUUGUCAGGUUGGGUGCAUGAAGCCAACGAUUCAGAAAUAUCACAAAAGUUUCAAGAGUGCAUGCCACAGCUUAUUAAGAUGAGGGCUCCCAGUUAUCCCACAGAAGCCUCUGAUGUUGUGUUCGCAUUCAACACCUUCACAACUCCUCACAACCUGAACCUCACUAUGCUUAGUUCAGAUAAUUCUUCAGCUGAAACUUUGCUUCGAGGAUUGCAUGGAAGUCAAACAAAGAUCAAAGCUUUAAAUCACUGGGAUGUGCCGAUGACAGAUUCAACGACACAAGCCCUUCUUCCUCAUCUUGAUGUGAUGGAUAAGCUUGACUCGGAUGAGGAAAAACUUUCUUUAAAAAAUCGUUUCAUCUUACAUGAAGCUGUUGAACGACUAACAAACCCACAAGGUUUGACAGUGAAUCGCAUCAAAGGUGAUCGAUGGUCAAAAUAUUGGUACCUGUAUAUACAUCAACCAGAUGAUGAUGUAAUGCAAAUCUUACAACUUCCACUUGGAAAAAUCAAAGGAUUAAAUAUUAAAGAUGUGCGGAUGACAUAUUCAACGACACAAGCCCUUCUUCCUCAUCUUGAUGUGAUGGAUAAGCUUGACUUGGAUGAGGAGAAACUUUCUGUACGAAAUUGCAUCAUCUUACAUGAAGCUGUUGAACGACUAACAAAUCCACAAGGUUUGACAGUGAAUGGCAUCAAUGGUGAUCGAUGGUCAAAGGAUUGGAAAGUGUAUAAAGAUCAACCAGAUGUUGAUGUAAUGCAAAUCUUACAACUUCCACUUGGAAAAAUCAAAGGAUUAAAUAUCAAAGAUAUGCGAAUGACAGAUCCAACGACACAAGCCCUUCUUCCUCAUCUUGAUCUGAUGGAUAAGCUUGAUUUGGAAUCUAGAUCCACAGACAUGAACCUGAACCUUUCAUGGAAGAUAUUUCCAAGAAAAUAAUUAAUCGGCAAAACAGAAUACAAAUAUGGAUGGAGGGUCCUGCAGUCAAACAUGUGAGACCAUUGUUCCAAUGUCUUGAUAAAAUAUCAAAACUAUGUCUUGAUAUGAAACAUCUUACAAGUGAAGAUAAUCGUUUAUUAGAAGAAGCAUUUCAACGAUUACAUUCUCCACAGGUUUGUACAUCCUUGUCUGGAUGUAUAUGUACAGUAAAUAGGACUGCAUGUAGGCUACACCAUUGAUAAAAAAAUGAUUUAUAAAUCUGUGUCAAUAUACUAUUAUAUAAAACUGUUGAUUGUCAUAUUAUUCAUGAAAUAAAAAUGUCUUUGUUGAUGUAACAAUAUACUCUCUUAAAAACAGUCAUAAACUAUCGUUUGUUUUUCAGGAUUUUGUUUUGGAGAAGACAGCUAGAUUUAAUGAUGAUGGUUUUUGGCAGCAAUGACGACAUUUUUACAUUUUUUUUUCUUCAACCCUUGAACAUGUUCUGAAAAUUCGGAUAAUAAAUAUUAUUGCGUAUUUCAACAGUACAAUUUCUUUCACCCCUUCCAUAAAGUAACAAACUUCACUGUGCAGCAUAUUUGUUUAUACCAACAUAAGAUAUCAACGCACAUCUAUGAUAGAAAACCAUGAAACAUCAUGUGUGCAACAAAAUAUGUGUCUAAUUAUCAAUGUGCACAUGAACAUUCCAUUCACCCCUCUGCAUCCACUCUUGCAAAAUCUAUUCACCCAGUUAAGAAUACUGUUGUAUAUUAAGAUCAUAGUGACCACUGAGUUGUUCAUUAAGUUUUAAAACUCAUGAAAGAAAUGAUUUAUUUUUAUCUCCCCUCGAUUCAACGUUUA